UAGGCUUUGAUGCUCUCCCCGUUAAAUCUUGCUCUCCAUUUCAAAUUCUCGUUUGCUUUGUUUUUUCUUUUCAUUUUGUACAGCCCCCUUGCCAAUGAGCGACUACGAGCAGCAGCGCCAGGAGCAGAUCCGCAAAAACCAGGAGAUGCUGGCAGCUCUGGGCCUGGACAAGCCCAUCCUGGGCAUCUCAGCCACAGACAAACCACGCACGGCGCGAGCCAAAUCGCAGUCGGGCUUUACACGCACCUACGAGAUCCGCGCGCGCAGCACGGUAAGAUACUCUGAUGACGCCACAUACGAAGACGACGGGUACAUGACGCGGCCACGCAAAAAGACCAAUCACCGCCUUCUGCGUCUGCGGCGCAACGACGCCGGGCGUCGCAUCGUGGGCAACCGCGUGUACGACUCGGCGCUGGGGAGCACAUGCCACCAGUGCCGGCAAAAGACCAUGGAUCCGAAGAUCAAGUGCUCCAACAACUGCAAUGUCGUGUUCGACACGCGCUGUCUGCUGAUCCGGUACGGCGAGGACGCCGAUCAAAUCGACCAUAGUACCUGGCAGUGCCCGAAAUGCCGCGGCUGCUGUAAUUGUUCGUUCUGCUUGCGCAAGCGCGGGAAGCGGCCCACUGGCCAGCUGUCAGUGUAUGUCAGGCAGCAUGGUGUACAGGCGGUCGAGGAAUUGAAGGUGCCUGGGGUGCUGCAGCCCGAGGUGCUUGGCUCGGCUAGAAGGUCGGCGCGGAGGAGGAUCUGGGAUGGCGAGGUGUCGGAUGACGACGGAGAAGUCAAAACAUGGUCGCUGCGCGAGCGCAAGAGCAUCAGGUACCAGGACAGCUAUGCUUUGGAUGACGAUGACGAUGAAUUGUUUGCCGACUGCCCCGAAUUUGACUGCAUUGUUGUUAUAGACCGGUCCGGUCCCGAAGACAUUUAGCGAUUCACAAUAUUUA